AUGCUUGUGUGUCCUGUUUGCGCAGCAUACUUUGUGCAGGGUGUGAAGAUGAGCCUGGGCACACUCACAGAGCAGUUCUACCUAAAAGACGAUCUGCAAUUUGACCCUGCCCAGGCUGAGACCUGGAAGGCAAUAGCGCACAUUCCCUGGAUGAUCAAGCCACUCUAUGGCUUUGUCACUGACAGUUUCCCCAUCAAUGGGCUGCGCCGGCAGCCCUACAUCAUCAUAUGUGGCCUCACGGGCACAGCUGCAUUUGCGCUGCUGAGCGCGCUGCCGGCGGCGCCGCUGCCGGCUCUCCUGCUGAUGACGGCGGGCGAGCUGGCAAUCGCUUUUUCUGAUGUCGUCAUCGACGGGGUCGUGGUGGAGAGAUCGCGGGGGGAGGACCAGGCCACAGCCGGCUCGCUGCAAUCCAUCUGCUGGGGGUCCCAGGCUGUGGGCGUCUUAUCAAGUGCAUACACCAGCGGCUGGCUCGUUGGCUUGGUGGGUGCACGGCCGGUGCUGGGUCUUAUGGCAUUCUUCCCACUGCUAAUGUGCGGCACGGCGUUUUUAAUCAAGGAGCGCCGGCGGUCCCCCCAGUCGGCGGACCUGGAGGUUGCGGCGUCGAACACUGAGCGAUUGAAGCAGCAGCUGUGGGCUCUGUGGCAGGCCAUAACCAUGCCCCAGAUCCUGCUACCUGCCGCCUUCAUCUUCCUGUGGCAGGCGGGCCCGUCAGCGGGCGGGGCGAUGUUUUUCUUCUACACCAACUACCUGGGGUUCAGCCCCGAAUUUGUGGGCCGCAUCAAAUUGCUUGAUGGAGUGGCCCAGCUCCUAGGUGUGUAUCUCUUCAAUGUGUUCCUGCGAAAGGUACAGCUGCGGCGGCUCUUCUUUGGACUUGCCUUGGCGGGUGUGGCCGCAGGAUUCACUCAGCUUGUGCUGGUUACGGGUGCCAACCGGAAGAUCGGGCUGGAUGACAAGCUAUUUGUGCUGGCUGACUCAGUCUUAGUCACCGGCCUGGGCCGCAUUGCGCUCAUGCCAUGCCUUGUCCUGGCUGCUCGCGUGUGCCCAGAGGGAGUGGAAGCGACGCUGUAUGCAGCGCUGAUGAGCGUGUCUAACGCAGCAAGCGGCGCAGGGGAUUUAUUGGGUGCAGCGCUGACUAAGCUUUUAGGCAUCACCGCUUAUGAGUUUGGCAACAUGUCAUGGCUGGUGCUUGUGUGCACUUUGUGCGGCUUCCUUCCCCUGCCCUUCCUGCGGCUAAUCCCUGACACGCAAAAACACACCCCGCUUCCCACCGAGGCCCCUGUGUGA